GAAACUUCAGACUCAUGAAUAUUCAAACAUUCCAUUCAACCGUGUAAUAUGAUUGGCUGACGAACAAUGGCUCCGCCCUCCCAGCGUCUAUUCGCUGAGAGAGUUAGGGGGCGGGGCUUAGAGGGAGAGCGGUGUGACGCAGUGAGGAGGAAGUGAAAGUAAGUUCAGUCUCCGCCAUUAGAAGAGGACAGAAGUCCGGAUUCACUCGGGGUCGGUGUCGGCAGUGUUCAGCUGUGUGUGAAUGAAGAAGAGUAAAUGAUGGAUCUUCAGAACUCCAGCAGUGGAGGAGGACCUCCUGUCCUAAAAAUAAACAACCAGGAUAUUUAAUAAAGAACAGUGUUAAACUGCUGAAAGAGGUGAAGCACAAGCCGUCCAGAAGAAUCUCCUGAAAACGCAGAAAUUGUUUGCUACAUUUCACAGACAGAUGGAGCCAAGUCCCAACAUGGAGAAACAUCAGCACUCUGUCAAGAGUUUUACUAAACAGAGUACUCUCAAAAAACACCAGCGCAUUCACACAGGAGAGAAACCACAUCACUGCUCAGACUGUGGGAAGAGUUUUAAUCAUCACAGUCAUCUCAAAAAACACCAGCGCAUUCACACAGGAGAGAAACCGUAUCACUGCUCAUACUGUGGGAAGAGUUUUACUGAACAGAGUAGUCUCAAAAUACACCAGCGCAUUCACACAGGAGAGAAACCGUAUUACUGCUCCGAUUGUGGGAAGAGUUUUACUCAACAGAGUAGUCUCAAAAAACACCAGCGCAUUCACACAGGAGAGAAACCACAUCACUGCUCAGACUGUGGAAAGAGUUUUACUAAACAGAGUAACCUCAAACUGCAUCAGCGCAUUCACACAGGAGAAAAACCGUAUUACUGUUUCGACUGUGGGAAGAGUUUUACUCAACAGAGUAAUCUCAAAAUACACCAGCGCAUUCACACAGGAGAGAAACCGUAUCACUGCUCAGACUGUGGGAAGAGUUUUACUAAACAGAGUAAUCUCAAAAUACACCAGCGCAUUCACACAGGAGAGAAACCGUAUUACUGUUUCGACUGUGGGAAGAGUUUUACUGAACAGAGUACUCUCAAAAAUCACCAGCGCAUUCACACAGGAGAGAAACCGUAUCACUGCUCAGACUGUGGAAAGAGUUUUACUAAACAGAGUAAUCUCAAACUGCAUCAGCGCAUUCACACAGGAGAGAAACCGUAUCACUGUUCAGACUGUGGGAAGAGUUUUACUACACAGAGUGAACUCAAAAUACACCAGCGCAUUCACACAGGAGAGAAACCGUAUCACUGUUCAGACUGUGGGAAGAGUUUUACUCAACAGAGUAAUCUCAAAAUACACCAGCGCAUUCACACAGUAGAGAAACCGUAAUACUGCUCAGACUGUGGGAAGAGUUUUACUUUACAGAGUGAACUUAUAUUACAUCAGUGCAUUCACAAGAGAUAGAAAAGUAUCCCAAAUCUGUUCCUCUGCCAUAAAAAAUGCAAACCUUAAAUCUUUCAGACAGCCAAAAACACCUCAUCCUGCACAAAAUCUUCACUCUGUUACAAGAACUUCAUUUAAACAUGGCUUUUUACAGGUUCAGAAAAAUGAAUCUUAUCCAGAGAUGAUGUUUACUGAAUUUCAUGCUGUGUUUUUAUGUUUGUUUGUAUACCUACAUUAGUUAAUGCCUGCAGAGCUCUUCAACACUUAGUGUUGUGUUUUAAGACGUUUUUACACACAGAAUCAUAAAUGGUACCACUAACAGCAUAAACUAGGAACAUACAUUUUUACAAUUUUUUCAGUGAUAUGCUGAAUAAAUAGUAAAGCGAU